AUGGGGAAGCGCAGCGCCCCCCGCUACCCGGAGGACGAGAACAAAGGCGGCGGCGUGUGCUGCUGCUUGUGCGGCUGCUGCUGCUUCCUCUUAGUCCUCGUUGCAUUAUUUGUCGGCUCGUCGGUCUACCUCGUCUACACCUUGAAGCCCAAGGCGCCGUCCUACUCCGUGAGCAAGAUGGCCGUCUCGAAGUUCGACUUCAGCUCCUCCGACCUCACGCUCUACACUAAGCUCGUCGCCACCGUCCGCGCCGAGAACCCCAACGACAAGAUCGGCAUCAAGUACGCGGACGGCUCCCGCACCGUCGUCUCCUACCGCGGCACGCCGCUGUGCUCCGGCAAACUCCCCACCUUCUUCCAGGGCCACAACAACGUCACCAUGCUGGAGAUCUCCAUGGAGGGGCGCCACGGGUUCGGGUCCGGCCUGCAGGAGGCGCUGGAGGAGAGCGAGAAGGCCGGCAACGUGCCGCUCGACGUGUACGUCACCGUGCCGGUGCAGCUGCUGCUGGAUACCUACGACUUGCCGCAGCUCAAGGUGAACGUGCACGCGGCUCUCGUCGUCGACAGCAUAUCGCCCAAGAAGCCGCCUACCAUCAAGUCGGCCACUUACCAGGGCAACGUAGAGUACUGAUGUGGUACUCAAUUACCGGAGGGCUGGGUUAAUUAACUACUCAAGCAGGAAUUAACCUUUUACUCUUCGACAUAUUCGUUGGUUGAUUGUCCAGUGGAGCUGGGGAGGAAUGUAUACACAUGUUUGUACUGUGAUGUAACCUCUAAUUAACGCUGUAGUCAAAUGGGUUCCAAAUCAUA